UGAUGGGUCUCAUUGAAUUCUUUUUGACGAUAAAAGAACGUAAAAAGUUGUUGUUAUACUAAAAUAUUUUAAGAAGUAAGUUAAUUUGAAUCGCUAAAGUUUUUUGAAUACGAAUCAAACAUUAUUUCCAUACAAAAAUGUCUAGAGAUAUAUAUUAUUCUGAAAAAUAUUAUGACGAGGAACACGAGUACAGACAUGUCGUACUACCUAAAGAAAUGGUGAAGUUAGUGCCUAAGAACCAUCUGAUGUCUGAACAGGAGUGGCGUAGUAUUGGAGUACAACAAAGUCAAGGAUGGGUGCACUAUAUGACGCAUCAACCAGAACCUCAUAUCCUGCUAUUCAGGCGAAAGAAGACUCCGCCAGAGAAGAAGUAA